AUGGCUAAAGGACUAGGGACCCAGCAAGCUGCACCCCGGCGAUGGGCCUGCUUCUUGGCUGCCCUGUCACUGCUGUGUUUAGCUGUCCAAGCAGUCCAGAAGGCAGAAACCAUCGGAGAUCCCACAGCAGCUACCAUCAACCAUUCACACUUGCUGCUGAAGCGGCUUCAGGAGCUUCUGCUCAAUGGGAACACCAGCGACACCACCCUGAGGGUCCACACGGCUGGCUCUGACGAAAUUAAAGUCUUUCACGCCCACCAGCUGAUGCUCAGCUUACAAAGCGAGACCUUUGAGACUCUGUUGCUGAACCAGACAGUGCUUGACUUGCACGAGCCACUUGACAACGUGGCCCUUUUUGAAAAGUUCAUCAGAUCAUCUUCCCUUGUGCCUACGGACCUUGUUGACAAGACCUUGAAUGAAACCUUGUCAGCGAUAAACAGGUAUCUGUAUUGUGGCGAGGUCUCCAUAUUCCUCCAUGAAGCCAUCCCACUUCACCGUCUAGCCAGUAAAUACCAUGUGUCCAGUUUGCAGCGAGGGAUAGCUGAGUAUAUGAGGGGCCACUUGGCUAGUGAAUCGAGCCAAGGCCAUGUAGUGGGAUGGUACCAUUACGCAGUGGGGAUUGGUGACGAGGCUCUGCAGGAGAGCUGCCUCCAGUUUCUGGCCUGGAACUUCUCUGCUGUCAUGAGUAGUCCUGAAUGGGCCUCUGUAAGCCUAGAUUUGCUGCUACUAUUGCUUGAAAGGUCUGACCUAGUCCUCCAGAGUGAAUUGGAGUUGUACGCAGGCAUAGAGAAGUGGAUUACCACAUAUCAGCCUGAGGACCCUGUAGUGGAGAAGAUCCUGAGAUCCCUGCGUUAUCCUAUGAUCUCCCCCAACCAUCUUUUCCACCUGCAGAAACAGUCUCCUGUGAUGGUGAAACACUACAGCACUGUGCAAGAUCUGCUCUUCCAAGCCUUCCAGUUCCAUUCAGCUUCCCCAAUCCAUUUUGCCAAAUACUUUGACAUUAACUGCAGUAUGUUCCUGCCCCGUAACUACCUCUCCAUCUCUUGGGGGUCCCAGUGGGUCAUUAAUAACCCUGCUCGAGAUGACCGUAGUACCAGUUUCCAGACCCAGCUGGGCCCCAGCAACCAUGAUUCUGCCAAAAGAGUGACAUGGAACGUCCUCUUCUCUCCUCGCUGGCUCCCGGUGAGCCUGCGUCCUGUCUAUUCCGACUCGGUCUCUGGUGCCAUCCAACCUAUUAGAAUCGAGGAUGGACGUCCCCGUCUGGUUAUCACUCCAGCCACAACCAGUUCAGAUUUUGCAGGUGUCAGUUUCCAGAAGACUAUUCUGGUGGGCGUCAGGCAGCAGGGUAAACUCUUUGUCAAGCACACCUAUAACUUCCACCAGAGCACAGAUGAAGUUGUCGAUUUCCUGAUAUAUGCUGACUUGCAGAAACGCACCUCUGAAUACCUGAUUGACAACUCUUUGCAUUUGCAUAUCAUUGUCAAGCCCGUCUACCACUCACUCAUCAAGAUCAAAAAGUAGAAGGAAGAUGGAGGAGAGACAGCUGGACACAACAUGGGGAGAGAACCGCUGGUUGCAUUGGAGGAUAGCACUGACUCUAUUAUUCAGUAUUAAAGUGUCUGACGCAGGCUCUCUCUCUCUCUGCGUCUUAAGUUGUAUUGGCCCUGUUGGAGAAGCUGAGAAUUCAUUGUAUAAAAGAAGCUUCCUUUGAAUCUGAGGACUUUGUUUUCUAGAGGGAAUUAAUCAGGGAGUGGAAGGUUCUCUUGUCUGUCUUUCCAUUGUUUUAAGGUUUUAUCUCCCUUCAAUUUGAAGAGACUCAGGUAGAACUGGAGAUUCUCAUGGUGCUUUUGAAUAGGUAAUUAUCAAAGAUGUCACAUAGCAAAACCAUUUUUUUGUCUUCCUGGCCUAAUUAGAAGCUGCCUUAUGUUCCCCUUGUUUCCCCAAGAGGUUUUGUUCCCUUGAGAUAAUUACAAACGGAUACCCUGACAGAAAAGGUGUGGGGUUAUUCUUCUGUCUAUCUUCAGAUCUCUCCUUGUUUCCUCUAGUACUUUAGAUUACCAACUGCAGGGAAUUUCCAUGGAGAUAAUUCGUUGUGUGUGAAUUAGGAUGUAGUUCCCUGAAUCAGUUGAACAUGGUUCUGCAAUAUGGAUUUCUGCUAGUUUUGUAUUGGAAGUGUUAUUGUUAUUUGAUCUAUUUUCUCCUUAGUCAUGGAGAUUCUGCAGAUUUUUGAAACCCUAUAAAGUUCUGCAAAAAAAAAAAAUCCAUUAUUUGUCCUAUGUCUACUGCUACUGUCCGUAGCUUUUUAAACAGAAUUUACUAAGCUUUUUGAGAUUGGAAUUGUAAGUCUUAUGUGGAAUAGGAAAGGUGACUAAAAUUUUACAAAACUGGUUGAAACACAGGCCAUAAAAACCAUUAUUUUCUUUAACCCUGUGUGAUUGUGUGUAUGUGAACUAAUGGCCGGACAAUAUCUUUUCAGCCCUGUGCAAAUCAGAAAUGUCUAUCAUAGCUACUUCCAUUAAAAAAAAACUCUAAUUCAGAUUAAGAUCCCCAUCUCCUAAUAUGACAUAUUCUAAAUAAUCUUAAGUAACUACUGCAAAAAAAUAAUAAUAGUGGGCACCACAUUGCUUACUCCUGGUUCAAAACUUUAAUCACUAUUUAAAAAUGGCAAAUGUGGUGAGCUAGUCUUCUCACCAUCAUUGUUCCUUCUCUGUAAUAUUCUCCUAAUUAGAGUACAAGACAACAUGGCUAGAUGGUGCCUGUGGGGCCUUUUUAACAUGAUAAAUAAAAAAAACACAAACCCAAUCUUUUUAAGUAUACAUACAUCAUGAUAUCAGAAUAUCUCUUCCCAGACUUUUACUAUUAUCCUUACCAAGUGUGAAUUGAUGGUGUAUUUCUUGACUGCUGGUUUUACAGUCAGUACUAAAAUGCAGAAGUCAUCCACUUUCAACGUCUUCAUUGUUGUUCUAGGGCUAGUUGUGGUGUUUGUUGUCAUUUGUUUGGUGUUUUUUAGAUGUAAUCAUUCUUUCACUAUGUGCCUUGGCUUUCAUUACUAGGGGUCCCAGAUCCUUUGCAUUGCCUACCUUUAGAAUAAUGCCAUCAGCACUGUACUUGGAUUUCAAAAUCAUGCUCACCUUCUUCAAUCCAACUUCUCCUGAUAUAUAUUCAACAUGUAAGUUGACUAAAUAAGGAAAGAAUAUACAGCUUUGUCCGUCUUUAAGUCAGACUUAUACAGCUUUGUCCGUCUUUAAGUCAGACUUUCAUCUGGAUUGUGGCUUCCUGUCCUAUAUUUACAUGAAAUGAAAUGAAAAUGUCCUAUUUUACAUGAAAUGUUCUGGAAUUCUUAUUUUUUUAAGGACCUCCCACAGCUUCAUAUGGUCAACAAAGCUGAGGCUCUUCCUGAAGCAUAUUGACCUUGGAAUUCUUUGGUUUUCUCAAAAAUCCAGCAAUGCCUUCCAAGAAAAAAAAAAGCUUGAAUAUCUGGCAUCUCCCUUUCCAUGUACAGCUGUAAUCUGUAUUGGAUUAUAUUGUUUAUUAUAUAUUGCUAGCAUGAGAAAAUAAGAAUUUACACACUCUGUUAAUUCUCCUUUCUCUUGUAGACUGUAUGUUUUCAAUCUGUUAGCCACUGGAUCAUUUCCUAGAAUUUGCUGGCACAAUUUGAUCAAACAUUUAUUAAUUCUUCUUUGCUUGCAUUAUUUCUGCAAAUACACCAUUAAUUCCAAGAAACUGCCAAGGUUCUUUUUUGUAAAAUCAGAAUAUCUUCUAGCAAUAUUAUUAUUUACUCGGUAAAUGACCAGCAACAUAAAAUAAUAAAUAGGGUAUAGAAGAUAACAAAUACAAUCAGGAUCAAUAAAAAGAAAUAAGUACAAUUAUAUAUUGGCAACUAUAAAGUAAAUCAAAUAUGGUAUACUCUGGAUAUCCCUAAGACAAUAAUAUUUAUUUACCUAACAUUAAUAAAUCUAAUAUAUUAAAGUUAUACCCUAAACUAAAUGUCCUCUACAAUUAUUUAAAAAUAACUGAAUAAGAUGUUGAUGAAAAUAGAUGUCUUUAUUUCUUUAAUUGGCUUUCCCUUAUUAACACUUUGGGAGCAUAAAAUUUGACUACUGCACGAAUGGUGGCUGGAUUUGAGUCUUUCAAGAUGUGUUGGAUGUUGACAACCUUAGUGUGCAGAAUUUCAGAAGUUCCAGCUUUGAUCUUACUUGAACCCGUUACUGCUGUCCACUGACUUCCUUCAGCAUGCUAAUU